CGAUCAGCUGCACCCAAACAAGGAAAUGCCGCUGCACAUCCGCCAGCCUCAACAGACACUGCAUGUUCGCCUGAUUCUCUCCAAACCAGCAAGCCGCGGGGUCCUACCAGGCAGUUCAUCUCCCCACUCACACCAAAGACUCACCAGCUCAUCGAAAAGGUCAAGGCAGGCUAUAGCCGCGAUCGGAAACCCAUCGUUAGGUCACCAUUUCCCGCCCCAGCUCGUGAUCGCUCACCUAUUGUCGGUCUCUCGUCGGACCUGCUCUUGAGGACCUGUUUCCGUGUCGGAGAGGUCAUCAACCAGGCCAGUCAUGCAACUAAACACGGGCAGAAUGUUAUCUUCGAGUUAUACGCUAGAGUCCUACGCUCGUCACGGAAUGAAGCUAGACAGCAUUUCGUCUUCUGCGACCUAUUCCACAAGAACCCUCCAUAUAUCAAGGCUACGUACGAUGCGGCGAUCUGGAAGCAAGUCCGUCUUUACGAAGUCGAUAGCGGUCGGCUUUUGAUAGAGGGCAGGAAGUGUCGAUGCAUUGGGAAGAUGAAGCGUGACGGAACGGAAUGGGUCAUGGUUGUGCUCAAUAUCUGGGAGGCAACCUGGGAGGACAUAGCCUGGGUCGAAGGGAUUGUCAAUUCGUGA